UAUGGUUUUAUGUUUAGGUGAAGUAAUUUCACAAAAAUAUGCUCUAGAAUAUGGAACUGCUUGCUUGGAGUUGCAUGUUGGUUCUGUCCAACCCGGUGAACGGGCCAUAAUCAUUGAUGACUUGGUGGCCACAGAUGGAACUCUGUCAGCAAGAAACGUGUUGGUGCUGAAGUGGUGGAAUGUGCUUGUGUCAUUGGUGUGCCUGAUGUCAAGGGGUAGUGCAGGUGUAUUGGAAAGCCACUUUAUGUUCUUAUUGAGCCGCGUAAAGCGGAUAAAUGUUACUGAGCUGAGAUUGUCAUACACAAAAUAUUUUACUACAUGAAUAGAUCAGGAAAUGGCCGACUUACACUGAGUUAAUUGAAACGUGGGAACCUAAUUGAUGCAAUACUACACGUAGAUGAGGAAGAGGAUAUUAACAAAGUACUGAGGUAAAGGCUUUUUAGCUGAAAAUCACUAGAUUUUCUAUUGAAAGCAUGCCCUUGUUGUCUUGGAAAUUUCCUUCUGUUGUUUGUUCGCAUGAACUCCUAUACAGUAUAGAAUAAUGCUCUUGCCUUGAGAAAGUGAUGAUCUUGCUCCAUGCCAUUAUUGAAUUCAAUGAAUUGUUUUUUUCCUA